AUGCCAGGACAGUAUACACCCUUUCGAGGAACUACAGAGGAAGAGGCGAGGGAGCAUCAUGCGAAACGUCCAAAAUCUCCAGAUCUCUUGAUAUGCCAGAAUUGUGGAUUCACCGCUACAAAUGCGCUUCACGGCAGUUACAUCAGCACUGUUAAAGUGCUUGGCCACUCCGGCCCUGGGGGUGUAUGGGCAAUUGGCGACAAAUACAUUUUGAAAGAAGUGGCUAUUGAUAAUAACAGGUUCGGUGAUCACUACCUAGGCCCUGAAUAUCCAAUGACUCAUUUCUUGGACGAAAACUCGACGAUUCCUGUGGCAAAGAAUAUGAAGCAUUGGUCGGAUCGUGCAAGUAAUUUUUUUCUCAUGGAUAGGGUUCCAGGUGAAUCGUUGGAGAAGAUUGGGCCCCAACUUUUAUGGGACGAGGUAGUAGUCCUUGCUGACGAAGUCGCGGACCAUCUUGUACAACUACGUAAAUUUACAUCAGAUAAACUACAAGCUCCAGAUGGUUCGCUGAUAAGAGACUCAACUUUCGGUCCUCAAGGGGCCUUGCAUUUUUGGACGUCUGAUGUGGACGAAUGGUGGGCUCGAGUGGAACCGAGCAUUCGGGAUAAAUCUCGUAAGGAUCAUCUCAUGGAACAAUAUUCCCUUCUUAUCAAGCCUGGAGGACCUUUUGUGCUCACGCAUGGGGAUUUAAACGUGCAGAAUAUUAUGGUGAAAGAUAAGCAUGUGAGUGGGAUCAUCGACUGGGAGCAUGGGGGUUAUCUUCCAGAAUGGUGGGAAUUGAAGGAGCUGGAAAGACUUCAAAGUAAGCAAUGGGCGAGAGCGCUGAGAGAGGCAUUGGCAAGGAGAAACGUAGUGCCCUCAGAAGCGGCGAAAACUUUCGCGGCGACAUUUUACAACGCUUUUAAAGACGUAACCCCUGCCAUUUUUAAUAAAUCGGUCAAAUUUUACAACAGAACUUUUCAUUGGGAAUCUCCAAGUAUCCCCCAUUAUUCCGCAGAAAAAUCCUUAAAUAGCGUUAUAUGGUUGGCGAAACUCAAAAGAGAGGGCAUAGAGAAAACGGAAGCGGAAAAGAAGGCGAUCGAGGAUAGGAUAAAGACAGCAGAGGACAGAGCCAAGGUAGCAGAGGAAAAGCUUGCUGAAAAUGAGACAAUCUUGGCAGAAUUCAAUAAGCUAAGUGUGGAAGAGAAAGAAAAUUUGAAGAGGGGAAAGUAG